AAAAGAGCGCACGAAUAUAACCGGGCACACAGUGAAGGCGAAAGAAACGUUUGAAACUGACAAGCACAAAGGAGUACCACCCGAGAAGCAAGAUGAUCGUGAACGCAAGAAUCCUGUGUCUCAGCGCCGUCAUGGUCUGCAUGGCGGUGCAAGUUAUGGCCGUUCCUUUGGGCGUGGCAUCACCUGGCUUGGCUGUUCCCAAGUGCCCAGAGGCAACCAACUACGGCUUUCUUAUCUUCGCACGACUAAGAAACCCGUGCAAGUACUUAUGUCAAGGAUAUCCAAUUCGCUUUGAGGCCGAAGACAAUGGAACACCAUGCUCGACUAAAAAGGUAUUCAACGGCGAAUGCCUAAAUGGCAAGUGCGUCGCCGUGCUGCCGCCACCACCACCACCACCCGCACCGGCGCCCGCACCAGCUCCUGAACCAGCACCCGCCCCAGCUCCUGAGCCAGCACCCGCCCCAGCACCUGAACCGGCACCCGCUCCGGCCCCUGCACCUGAACCCGCUCCGGCCCCUGCACCAGAAGCAGCUCCUGCUCCAGCCCCAGCACCUGCUCCCGCACCCGAGCCUGCACCUGAAGAACCUGCACCUGCCCCAGCUGCGGAAGAAACUGCGGCCGCUGAAGAAUCUGUGCCUGCACCUGCAGAAGAGCAACCGGCUGCCGAACCCGCUGCCCCCGCAGAAGAGCAACCCGCUGCCGAACCCGCUGCCCCCGCAGAAGAAGCCGCUCAAGAAGCCGAGGAAGUUGCACCUGAACAAGCACCGGAGCAGCCCGCUGAACAAGUUGCUGCUGAAGAAGCUCCCGCUGAGGAGGCCACCGCUGAAGAGCCUGCAGCUGAAGAGCCGGCCGCCGAACAGUCUGCUGCUGUAGAGCCAGCAGCUGAAGAAUCCGCUGUAGAGGAGGCAGCUGCCGAAGAGGCUGCUGAGGAGCCAGCUGAGGAGACUGAUCAGGAGGUUGUCGAGGAAGCCGCUGAAGAAGCUGCUGAAGAGGCUGCAGAAGAACCCGCAGAGGAAGCUGCAGCACAAGAGGCAGAAGCACCAGCUGAAGAAACCGCAGAGGCCGAACAGCCCGCUGAGGCUGUGGAGGCAGCGGAGGAGGCUGCUCCCGAGGCAUCUGCUGAUGACGCCACAGCGGAAGGGAGCGCAGAUGGAGCCGCCGAGGCUGAAGAUGCAGCGUGAACAAUCCAUGUAGUAUAGCCAAAUGAAAUAAUAAAUUUAUACAUGACACACUA